CACUGUCAGCCGGAAGGGGGAGAUAGUGGCUUUUGGAUGACUGGGACCUGUGAAGCGGAGAGGUUAUUGAAGUGUGUGCGUGUGGAUAGUCUUCCUUUGGUUACCUGAGACCGUCUGUUGGUUGUGAGCAGAGAGUGUGGCAGACGCAGUCCGGAUUAGUUGUUGCUUUCGGCACAGAAACCUAAAUAUGUUCGCAGCGGCAAGUUGUUUCACAUUUAUGAUCAUUCUUCUUGUUGUCGAACCUCAAAGAGUUAUUUCCAACUGGAAGCUGAAGAAUGUAAAGGUUCUACCUCAUGAAAAAGGACUGCAAGUCCUCUGGGAGCAACAGGAAAAUGUGUCCAAGAGACCUGUGGCUCACUAUACUAUUGGCUAUGGUAAAACUCUGGAAAACCUCAAAUUCAUCAAGGCAGAGGAAAACAAACGGUCUUUUUUAUUACAGGAUGUAGAGCCUGGGGAAGUUUAUUUUGUGAUGGUGACUGCGGAAAGUCAAACUGGAGAAAGCCAUCAUGUACACAGAUCCAAUCAUACAGCUGAGGCGAGAGUAUCAGAGACACGUCAUCCUCGACAGGUGAGACCCUCUGAUGAUACAGUUUCACCACGACUGAGAUCACCUCGUACCCCUCAAGCUAGAAGCUACCUACUUGGCAGGAGAAGAAAGUAUGCACCGCAUCCAAAAGAACAAAGGAGACAUAAAGUACAAAAACUUGUUCCUGAAUCAAUGUUUGGGAUAUCUCCUCGGACAAGGAAUAUCCUAGGGCAGAGGGAACCUAUUUACAGAACAAACCCGACAAAACAUAAAGAGGAUAAUGAAUUGUAUGAACCCAGAGACAUAACAGUUCGCGUUAUGAGUCCACAGUCUGUGCUUGUUAUUUGGGUCGAUCCUGCUCUUCCGAGGAAUAAGAAUCAUGAUGCUGGUUCAGAAAGAUAUUACACUGUUAGAUACAGAGAGAAAGGAGAAUCUGCCAAAUGGGAUUAUAAGAUAUCUAAGACAUAUAGGCGAAUUCUGAUUGACAAGCUGACAUCAGAUUCCAUAUAUGAAUUCUCUGUUCGUACUUCACAAGGAGACAGAGAUGGCAAAUGGAGUGUUUCAGUUUUUCAAAGAACACCAGAGUCUGUUCCUACUUCUAGCCCUGAGAACUUUGAGGUGAAGCCAUUAGGUGAUCAAGGAACAGCAGUCACUGCAUCUUGGGAUCCUCCUAUUGACAACAAGGGAAAGGUCACAGAAUACAUUGUUUCAUACGCCCCGGCUCUCAAACCAUUCGGAGCAAAGACUAUUUCUUUUACUGGGGAUGUUACAAGUGCUAUAGUUGAUGGUCUACAACCUGGAGAGCGUUAUAUUUUCAAAAUUCGAGCAGCAAACCGGAGAGGACAAGGUCCUCAAUCAAAAACCCUCAGUGUUGCUAUGCCAAAAAGUAAUAAUACUGCUGCAACUACUCAUCAUAGGAUUCAUGACAAAUCUCAAACUUCGCGAGGAUAUGAGUCAUCUUCAGCCUCCAAAUCUUUACCCAAAAAGCCUUCAUCACGCUUGCCACCUUUUCCAUCUAAACCCAUCUCUGGUUUCAGAACCAACACAAGAAAGUCUUCCUUUCUCUUUCCCGCCUCUCGUUCACCAUCAUUACAGUCACCUGAUUCUUUUACAAAAACAAAUCAAAGCUUGCAUUUGUCGUCUUCAUCCUUAAUCCCUCCUUCCCCUCCCUCAACACCAUCAAAACAUACAGCUACAAGUUUCAGCAGAAAUGGCCAAUUGUUGAUUAAAACAAGAUCUACCCCAUCUGGAAUCCCAUUCAACAGAAACCCAACUCAGCUAAGAAUAUCAAAUUCCAAAGUAAGUCUUAAAAACCAACUAACGUCUGAGUCACUCCCUGUUCAAACACGAAAUGAAAUAAAAGAGCCAAGACAGGUUCCAUCUAAACUACAGCCUUCGUCAGCUUUUCCCUCUGUGAAAUCAUCAGCUAUGUUUUCAGAGGAAGAUAAGAAUGAGGAAGAUAAGAAUGAGGAAAGUGUAGAAGUGGAGGAAGAAGAUGCAGCUAAAGAGGUAAAUGUAAUGAAAAAGAAUCCCAUUUUAACAGAGCUGAAACAAUCUUACCAUGGUUCAACGUUGAAUAGACAGACUUUAGUUUCGCAGUCACCAAAGUCAUUUUCUGCUCCUGAUCCUAGAUUGGCACGGCCGUUAUCAAGAACAACUUCAAAUUCACGUUCUUCUCUGACUGCAGCUUCCCUGUCUUGGCCAAAUUCUAAUGGAAGAAAGGUGGUCAGUGAUCAUGAUAAAAAGCCAGCUUCCAUAUCUUCAACACACUCAACUUCACAAAGAAGUCGUGCCACAGGAUCAAGUUUUAUUAAAACCAGACUUGUAUACGAAACGCCAAAAAAAAAAUUUUCUUCUGUUUCCCCACCACCUAAUCCUCCUCCUGUGUUAUCCUCAUCUUCAGCAUCCUUUGGAAAUGAUCAUAGAACUUCAUGGGCAGAUCCUGCCUCUCAUUCGAGAAAUAACAAGCUCAUGCCUGGUACUGAUACUAAGAAGGUGUCCUCUUCUUACUUUGAAAGAAAACUAACUGGCUCUAACCGUUCUUUGCAGCACAUUCCAUCUUCAUCAGUUCAGAGUUCCUCUAUACCUUCAAGAAACUCAGACAAAUCUUCACAAUUAAAUCCCAGUACACAUUCUAGACACUCUAAUACCAUGCUGACAUCAAGUGCUGAAAGAAAGCCAGUUUCAUCUUCCAUUUCCUCUCAGUCACAACCAUUUUCAUCAAUCCUAACCUCUGCUUCUGGACCUUUGGAGGAUUCACAUUCAUUUUUGCCAACAAAUCACCUAUCUACCUUACACUUUGCAAAUGCUGGAAUAUCUGACAGUAAAAGUAAACCAUCUUUCUCUUCAGUACCUUUCCAAAAUUCCUCCUCUCCAAUUUCACAGGGACAUACUCAUCGAACUGAACUAAGAAAUUCUAACUUAAGUCCGAAUGGUGCCAAACAAAAACUUGUAGCUAGUCACCCAACAAAACCAGUUACUUCUUUUGUGACUCAGUCUGUCCCUUCUUCAUCGGUUCUGUCAUCUUCAAGACACUCCAGGAAGCAAGCAAGUUCACUUUCUUCAAGCUCCAAGGAAACAGCUAGAAGGCGACCUUUGUUUCCAUCUUCACCACAGCUUUCUGCUUCUCAUCCCCUGUCAUCAUCUUCACCUCGACACCGUUUCCCAGGGAUAAGGACAAGAUUUCCUUCCAGGUCAAAUAUCAUUGGAGACCUUUUACGUUCAGGAAGGUUUCGGAAAUUUGGCAAGUCUCCUCCAGACCAAUGGAAGUCUGGGAGACCAAAUUUAACAGGGAGCAAGGUUUCUCCCAGCAGAGAUAGUAAUGACAAGGCAACUGGGCGUAGGGUCAUCACUGGACCUCAAGACACUAAAUGGAUUGUAGAUUUUGAUCGAGGAGUAUUGAUGAACCCUGAAGGACAAAUCCUCCAGGAUACAGAUGGAAAACCCCUCCCAAUACAACUGGGAGCAGAUGGACAUACAAUACUAGAUAAAAAAGGAACUCCAAUUCUGAGUCCUGAUGGUUUACCUUUGUUUGGACAUGGACGAGACAGUAAGCCUUUAGUUGACCCAAAAGGCAAGCCAGUUUUGUCAGUCGGGGGAAAGCCCGUCAUUGGAUUGAUCCAUCACUUUAAAACGACAGUUGCGCCUACAACCACAACAAUUAAAACCACGGCUGCAACAACCACAACUACCACACCGGAGCCAACUACCACACCGGAGCCAACUACCACACCGGAGCCAACUACUACACCAAAGCCAACUACAACAGAACUAACAACUAAACCUACUACUGUAAUUCCUACAUAUCCCACAGCCAGUUAUCUAAGAUUGAACGAAGCUGGUUACCCUGUUCUAGGUUCUGCUGAUACUGUUGACAGUUUGACUACAGAAGAGGCUUCUGGAAUGGACUGGGAUCUGCUAACCAUUCCCGCAGAAGGCGAUUCAUUGGAUUCUUUAGACAUUAAAGAAGGUUUUCAGCUGAUUACAACUACUUUGCCAACCAUAGCUGAUCCUCCAACAAAGAAGGAGCACACCAUACGGCCAUUCCACAUGAUUCCACAAUCAGAGUUUGACGUAGCAGGAAAGAAACGAUUUGUAGCUACUCAUGUAAAUUACAUCAGCAAAGAUCCAACAGCACCAUGUUCAUUGACAGAAGCACUAGAGCACUUUCAAGUGGAUUCACUGGUGGACAUUAUUCCAAAAGACUUGAAGGAUAACACCCUACCUCCUGAGCAAGCUCCACGCAACAUUACUAUUGUUGCUGUUGAAGGUUGCCAUUCCUUUGUAAUCCUUGACUGGGCAAAACCUUUGAAGAAUGAAUUUGUAACAGGUUACCUUGUCUAUAGUGCUUCUUAUGAUGAUGUCUUGCAGAAUAAGUGGUCUACAAAGCCUGCAACAGCCAGCACGCACCUACCUAUUGAAAACCUGAAGCCAAAUACAAGAUAUUAUUUUAAAAUUCAAGCAAAGAAUCCAUAUGGAUACGGCCCCAUCAGUGAAGCUUUGUCUUUUGUUACAGAAUCAGAUGACCCACAGAUUAUUGUCAGGCCACCUGGGGGUGAGCCAAUUUGGAUUCCUUACACAUUUAAGUUUGAACCUUCUUCCAGUGAAUGUACAGGAAAACAAUAUGUGAAGCGUACUUGGUACCGCAAAUUUGUGGGUGUGAUACUCUGCAACUCAUUGCGGUACAAAAUUUUCCUGUCUGAAGGCCUAAGAGAUAUGUUUUACAGCAUUGCUGAUGCUUGGGGAAAAGGGGAGGACCACUGCCAAUUUGUUGAUUCAUUUCUGGAAGGAAGGACAGGAACGCAUGAGUAUCCAGAAUCUCUGCCAAUCAUCCCAGGUUAUUAUCGGAGUUAUCGCCAAGAGCCAGUGUCAUUUGGCCUGAUUGGUGGAUUUGGGAAAUUUGGUGGGACAUCUAAUUAUUACGUGGGAUGGUAUGAGUGUGGUGUGCCUAUUCCUGGAAAAUGGUAAUGAAAUUGUCCUUUGAAAGAUAUAACAACUUGAUUCACAUUUGAGCUGAAUUAAGAGAGUAUUGAGAGAGUACCUUGUUCUUGAAUACUGGACAAUGUGUCGAAUUAUCAAGAUUAUUUUCGCACGAUUUCAAAGACUGUUUGUUCCACAAUCUUACUGGAAUAUGCAACAUAUUCUUUUUAAUAUAUACAUGGAGGACCAGGGCUUAAAAUAAACAUGCCUGAUAUCAUUGCACUCACUUGUGGUGGUUCCAUUUUCUACAGUAGGUAAGGAAAUGCUGAAAGAAUCAACCAAUCAAAACUCUGCUGACAUGAGACAAAUCAUUCCUUGAAAUUCCGUCUCAGCAUUUAAACGGCCUCUGUGAACUGCACUUAAUGCAAAAUCAUCAAGUCUUCCAAGAUAAAUCUGUCAGGGCAUUGAACUGAAAGAUUUUGUUAAGAAUCAUAUUGGACUAGGAGAGGAAAUUCAACAUGUUUUAUAAAAUAGUUUUCUUUAAAAGUUGCCACUGAAAAUUUUAAACUUGAACUUUUGAACUUUCCUUUUUUUUUUCUCUUGUCAUUUACUACUCCACCUGCAAAUUGUAGAGAAUUUUUCUCUGUUGCUAUUUUUCCAUUAAUCAACAUGGCAAAUGGUCUAUGUUCAUUAGUAAGUUUUCCAAGGUGCAUAUUAAUCUACUACAUAGGUUAAAAAUGGUAAGUCUCAGGCAACUAAUGUAUUGCUUUAUGUUCCCUGCAAUGCCAGAUUGCAUAUAUGUUCUACUUGUGCAUUUUCUUUCAGACAUACUAAACAAUUUAGCCUAUUAUAAGCCUCGAUUGACAUAUUAUGAAGAUCUGUAUCCAAUUGAUUCACUUACUGGAGAUGAAACCAGUUCAAUUUGGCAUUCCAUCACUACUUUUCACCAAUUUGCAAUAGAAACCUAUUACCACAUGCCAAUCUUGAUAAUGUACCUCUGUAGUGCUAAUUUUCAUCUACUCUUUCUAACUAACUUACAAAGUUCAAAGUAUUUAGGAAGUGUAUUUCUCACAUCAGUAAAAUCUAUUACCUUGGAAGGAAUUCAAGAAAAGUAUUUUUUAUAAAAACAAAAUUCUCUGGAUUGAUUAGACUUUAACUAUUCCACCAGAGUAAAGGGAGUUUUGCUUAAUUUAUUCCUGCACAGUUCCUUGGUGCAAUUUUUUUGUGUUUGUGCAGUAUUAUAAAAUACAGACUUUUUGCGCAGGCGCAAUGGAUUAAUGCUGUUUUGAAAUGGUACCAUAUGGAACAGUGUAGUGAAAUGGAAUAAGUUUUAACUCCUUGUCAACCAAACUACUGCGCUGGCGCAAACAAAUGCAACAUUUGAGUGAAUUUGCUAAUUGCAAGUUCCUGGCAAAUAGCCACACUUCACGGGAAUGCAUUCAGCGAUAGAGCUAUGUCAGUAUAGUGCUUGUUUUCCCAUUCCAACAUUUUAAAGCAUGGCUUCUCAUUGGAAGCAUUGUAUCAGGGAAUUUAGCCUACUAUCCUGAUGUGCAUUUUAUUAAAUAUUAUUUUGAUUAAAUAUGCAAAUUAAACUCCUUUAAAAAUAGAAAUGUUUUCUUGUAUAAUGUGUAUUUUAUAGCAAAAAGGUCAGUUUAAAAAGCAUAUUUAAAUGGAAUUUGGGAAUUUCAAACACAAGCCUUUUCUGCUUUUCCAACAUUCCAUAGUGUGGUUUGUAAACGUAAUCAUACAUUUAACCAAUCAUUGUGCCAAACCUGUUACUUGUGUUGCAUCUGAAAAAUUUUGUGCUUUUUAAAAAGAAUGAGAAAGUCAGCUGAAAAUUGUAGUUUGCAUGUUGUAUUAAAAAAAAGUUCUUUACUUAUUAUCUGCACCAAAGCAAUGAAUCACUGCAAAUUGGCUGUUGUAUUAAUGAAGUCUUAGGAUUUCGCAAGCAAUAUAUGUUAUCAGAAAUGUAUCUUGUGCUUUUGGCUCUGAUCAUUGAAUUGAUAUGACACGAUUUAAACUUGUUUUGCAUCACAACA